AUGCCUUUGGUUGCUGAAGGCUCGACAUCGAGGUACAGUUAUUGUUAUCCGUCGGAGAAAUACACCGCUAUUCAAACUGUUAAAUGCGAGUCAGAGACUCAUAGUGGUGACGAAUUAGAAAGUCUUACACAGCCCCCAGAACGCUCGCACGCCCCAGCGGAGAGGUGGAUUUCUAAGACUGAGUAUUUGAGGUGUGCUGGCGAGAAAGUGCAAUCUCGCGCGUGGACAACGACGAAUAUUGUGAUAAGAUCAAUCACGACUUGGUUCAUCACAACCAUCACUCUCCUAGCUAGGAUGCUCACCAUCUCUGCUCUACGUGCGCGUGAGGGCCCAUCGUCUGGCCCUUCGCACCGUUUCUGGGAGGAUAAGGCGUCGUCGAGCCACCUCGAUGACAUGGUAAAGGCCAUGGCCGCAAUUUUUAGCAGCAACCUACAUGACGCUAUUGAGUGCACUAAUCUCAGAUGUGUGGAUGAUCUUGAUGGACCAAUGCACAACGGUGAGGAAUAUUCUCUAUUUCAGAUCCGUCUUCCACUCAUACACACAUUAUCUAGUACCAAGGGCUGUGCGUAUCGCAAGCCGCUCGCGGGCGUCCAUUUCUCCUCAAUGGUUCUCUACCGUAACUCAAACGCAGAUCAAGAAAAGGAGACACCAUUCAAAGGUCGUCACCCAGCAAGCCUCACAACCCGGUGUACUGAUGUGGCAGAUAACCGUGGACAGGAGGGAUCGUCGGACACUUGGAGGAUGUCGGCAGAAUUCAAGUUGGCUCGACAGUACCGUUCGGCGGGGACAUGA